GUGAACUUAUCAGUUAGUUUUUAUUUAGGGGGUACACAAAAUCUGAAAGAGUGAGGGCUGAGCCACCAGAAAUUAGAGUUAUGGUCAUUGUUUGAGAAACCCACUCUUGAGUAGCGCCCGACUUGGAGAAAAGGCGGUCGGAUUUGUAUAAGACCCUUUCUUAACUCUGUUUCGCUCCAACUGGGGAAGCAGUACACCCCACCAAAUACCAUGGCAUCUUUCAUUUGCAUCUCCUUAUCCCCGCCGUCCAUAACCCUAGCUCCGCCCUCAACCACCUCCACCUCUUCUUCUUACACUUCCACGGGUGUCAUUUGCAGAUACCCCCUCGCCUUUACAGUCUCUAAUGGCCAUCAACGGAGCAGGAGAAAGACACGUCAUGUGGUUUGUAUGGCUCCCGAGGAAGAGAAAUUGACUCGCCGCAAUCCCCUCGAUUUCCCCAUUGAGUGGGAGAGGCCUAAUCCCGGGCGUAGACCUGAUAUAUUUCCUCAAUUUAGCCCUAUGAAGACACCAUUACCACCACCAAUGCCAUACGAUCCUCCAGAAGAAGAUGAAGAAGAGGAAGAAAAGAAAGAGGAAGAGGAGGAAGAUCCUGAAAAGGAAGAAGAACCCGAGAAUCCUGAUAAACAAUAGUUAGAAUUUGCUUGGUUGUGAACCUGAAAAUACUAGUCUGCCUCACUUUUUUUGUAGUACUGAGUUUCAAUGGUGAUUCCAACUUGCUUAUUUGCUUAGCAUAUUUGAGUGGAUGCAAGAGUCAUCCAUUUUUGGAGUAUCUUCCUCAGGCUAAUAUAGGCUAAGUUAGGUCGUCUAAGUUCCUAUUUUCGGAGCAUAAUAAGUUACAAGUCUUUCCGAAAUGGAAUAUACUAGUUUCUUUUGGUUACUCUGUUCUUAGCUGCUGUUUUCUUGUUCAUUUGUUCUGAAAAAUCCAGAGUGCAAUACAAGGGUUAGGACUUCAUGGUUUCAUUGUCGGUUAUCUUGAUGAGAGGAUGAGCGGAUUUGGAUUCUCAUCGUGAAGCUACUUCUAUUGCAUCUAUGACUUGAAUCUUUGAUAUCCUCUUGUAUUAGCUCUCAUUAACCCUCAUCUUAUGAUUUAAGUCUUCUCUUGCAAGAUCCACAAGAGGAAUAAACAGAGAUGAUCUUUGCUUACUGCCCGAUCCCCAGAACAGAGUUGCUUCAUAACUAUUUAUCAAGCUUCUGGGUCCACUUCUAAAGUUCAUACAUUUUGUUUUUUUUAAAAGAACAUUCUUUGUAGUUGGAAUUUGAUGAAAAUGACGAGGAUCAUCACAGUGAGCAGCAGCACUUAGCUUCAUCUUCUCUCAAAAGGCAUCAUGGAUGGGGUAUCUGCGCUUCUGAGCAUAUAAUCACAAUGAAGAAAUACAAUAUGAUUGGAUUUUAUGCUAAACAUCCCCAAAAUACAUAACUAUAGACAUGAUUAGCUAGAACUUUUAGAGGGAAAAAGGAACACAUAUCUCUAGUUUGCAUCUAUCAUGGAUAUAUGGACGAUAUUUGCCGAAAGGUUGCCUGAUUCAGUACCAGGAAAUGUUACCCUUGUUUCAGUUUUAGUAGCAUAUGCAGGUUCUCUUGGUUCUUGCAGAAAAUUUGGCCCAAAAUAUAGUAAAUGUUAUGUCAAGCUUUUUCGUUUAUAUUACUCUGUGCCAACUCACGCUAUUUGUAUCAUGGACUCGAUUGUGACUAAAUAUUCUUGGCAUUCCAAAAUUUGAUAGUUAGGGUUCACAUCAUCAUCAUCAAGAAAAAUAUUACUAUUUUUCCAAUCUCUGUAUAUUUUAGGGUCUGUUUGUUUUGAAGUAAAAUAUUUUCCUAGAAAAGCUUUCAGCGUUUUCUGGUGUUUGUUUAGGCUGAAAAUAUUUUCCUCAAGCAAAAUCAAUUACAAAACACGGUAAAAGAGGCCCUUAAUUUUGGAAAAUGUCUUACGGAUUUCAUUUCUGUAAGACAUUUUCUGGUUCCUCCUUUAUCAGGUAAGCUCCUUCUUCUUCUUCCUUCUUCCGUUCUUCAUUCCUUUUCCUUCUUCCGUUCUUCAUCUUCUCUUCUAGGUUUUUGUUCUUUUCGUUGUUGAUCUCUCUUCAUAUUCAUCUUUUACGUUUGCCUGAAAUUCUUGAGCUUGAUUAGCACAAAUGAACCCAUUGGGUCAUAAUUUCACUUCCAGUCCAUUAGCCCACCUCUCAUCGUCAUCUUCACCAGCCCUGGAUACCGACUCAUUAUGUUCUUUUUCUUCAUAAUCGAAUAUUUUUACCUUCAUUUUAGAGAAGGAAAAAAAAAAAAGAGAAUAAUUGCGGGAUUAAAUAUUGAAUUUUGAAUUGAAAGUAAUAUCUCUCCAAAAGGGGGGAAAAUGAGGUUGUUUAUUACGUUGGUAGCAGCAGUUUUAUGUAUCUUAUGCAUCAAUGUCUUCGCCGAUCCCGUUUUCCCAUCUCAUAUAGCAACCAGUUUGUAUAAGUAGUUCAAGUAGGCCACGUUUAAGUUCGAACCAGCGACUUCUUGGAGUUUUGCUGCGAGUAAAAGGCGCGUCCAUUUCUUCAAACAGGUUAUUAAGGAUUUUGCAAGUGGUGAGAUUAAGCAGGUAUCAAGUUUGUUUGACUGUUAUUACAAAACAGCUUCAUUGAUUGCAGCUAGUACCAAGGGAGCCGCCAUUUUCAGUGGAGCUGAUCGUAGUGUAACAGAGCAAUGUAUGAAUAUGGAAAGAAUCUUGGCCUAUCAUUAUCAUUCCAAGUUGUUGAUGACAUAUUGGAUUUUACACAAUCAACAGAAGUUGAAGCCUGUACCAAUAUAGAACAGCUUUCUUAGGAUAUUAAUUGGUUCCUUGUAAGUGAUUGUAUAUUCAUACAAGGCUUUGAGCUUUGACUUGAACUCCUAGUUUCAAUUUCUUCAAAUUAUAGAUUUGUCUGAGAAAAAUAA